AUGUCUGCUGAUUGUGCUGAAGCAUACGACAAAAUGAGUACAUGGGUAGUCCUGUUGUCAAUUGUCCCCAUCACAUUCAGCCUGAUAACAGUCGUCUUAUUAUGUGCAUCCCUUCUAAAAGUGAAAAAGAUGAUUGGAAUUUGUGAUGGAAUCUCGGCAAGUGCUCACUGGUUAUCACGUACCGCUGUUCGUGUCGGAAUCGGAGAAACUGCUCGAAUGACGAUUCAAGAGUAUGCGGCGACGAAGCCAGAGUUGAAGAGAUUGCUUAAAUAG